UUUGGGUUUGCGGCCCGGGACAGCUACCACGACCUGGACCCAGAGGAGGCUCGACUCUGGCUGUACUUCGACAAGUUCAAGAUGAAAAUACACAGCACCAGUGACCUCACCAUGGAGACGGAGCUGGAGGCUGUGAGUGGGCGGAGAGUUAGAGCCAUCGAGGUGUUUGGCCACGCCCUCAGGUUCUUCAGAGAACACGCCCUCAAGGAGGUGAGAGAGCAGAGCUCCACAGUGCUACCUGAGCAGGUGAGGUGGGUGAUCCGGGUUCCUGCUGUGUGGAGACAACCAGCCAAGCAGUUCAUGAGAGAGGCUGCCUACCUGGCUGGGCUGGUCUCUCCAGACUCUCCUGAACGGCUUCUGAUCGCUCUGGAGCCAGAAGCCGCCUCCAUCUACUGCCGCAAGCUCCGCCUACACAGGUGAUUGAUCUCAGCCUUCCGACCAAUCAGCAACGGUCUGGACAUCGAUGGUCCCCGCCCCUUUGACACGAGCUUCAGGCAAGCGCGGGAGCAGCUGAGAAGAUCCAGACACAGCAGAACCUUGGUGGAGAGCGGAACUGGUGACCUGUGGUCCGAGAUGAAGACAGGUGACAGGUACAUGGUAGCAGACUGUGGAGGGGGAACAGUCGAUCUGACGGUGCACCAGAUAGAACAUCCCCAGGGAACCCUGAAGGAGCUGUACAAGGCCUCAGGAGGGCCGUACGGGGCCGUGGGGGUGGACCUGGCCUUCGAGGCCAUGCUGUGCCAGAUCUUCGGGCAGGACUUCAUCCAGAGCUUCCGCACUCGGCGGCCAGCGGCCUGGGUGGACCUGAGCAUCGCCUUCGAGGCUCGCAAGCACGGCACGCCCGGCCGGGCCAACGCCCUCAACAUCUCCCUGCCCUUCUCCUUCAUCGACCACUACAAGAGGCUGCGAGGGCAGAGCGUGGAGGCAGCCCUGCGGAGGAGCAAUAUGAACAUAGUGAAGUGGUCGUCUCAGGGCAUGCUCAGGCUGACCCAGGAAGCCAUGAACGAGCUGUUCCAGCCCACCAUCAACAGCAUCAUCACACACAUAGAGGAGCUGAUGAAGAAACCGGAAGUGGGCGGCGUGCGUUUCCUCUUCCUGGUGGGCGGGUUCGCUGAAUCGCCAAUGCUGCAGCGCGCGGCCCAGAAUGCACUGGGGCACGCCUGCCGCAUCAUCAUCCCUCAGGACGUGGGCCUGACCAUCCUGAAGGGGGCGGUGCUGUUCGGACUGGACCCCACCGUGGUGCGCGUGCGGCGCUGCCCCCUGACCUACGGCGUGGGCGUGCUGAACCGCUUCGUGGAGGGCCGUCACCCACGGGACAAGCUGCUGCUGAAGGACGGCCGGCGCUGGUGCACCGACGUCCUGGAUCGCUUUGUCUCCCUCGACCAAUCGGUGGCCCUGGGCGAGGUGGUGAGGCGGAGCUACACCCCGGCGAGGGCGGGGCAACGUAAGAUCGUCAUCAACGUGUACUGCGUCGCCCGCGACGACGCCACGUACGUCUCCGACGACGGCGUCAGGAAGUGCGGGGCCAUCACGCUCGACCUGCCCGAGGCGUCGCCGGGGGCGACGGCGGACCGCCGCGAGAUCAGGGCGACGAUGCAGUUCGGAGACACGGAGAUCAAAGUGACGGCCGUCGACAUGACGACCAAUCGCACGGUCCGGGCCUCCAUCGACUUCCUGUCCAACUGAGGCGGCGGCGUAUCCGGGGGCAACGAACGGGGGGGGGGGAUGGAGGAGGGAACAGCCACUCACUAAGAAGUUUGCCCUCCCCCCUCCAUUGUUGAUUGACAAGCCUUUGAGUUUUUUUUUAACUUUUGAUAUUCAGCAGUUGGACACCGUCUGGACCCACUGUAAGAACAUGUUGAGGAACACCCUCUAGGCCAUUUAACGCAACAGAGUCUAUUGGAGGAUCUGCUUCCAGCUGAUUGGAGGACGUCCGGGUGCUUCCUGAUAGAGCUUCCUUGUUGUCGGGUUCUGAAUCCGUCACGUUUGAGAUCGCCACCUAGUGGAGAGAGACUAACAAGUGGACAUGCCCAAAUAUGGACAUGCCCAAAAUAUGGGCAUCUAGUGAACGUGUGGGUGGAAGAGGCCUGCUGUCUGUCCAUCCCUUCAUCCCUCACUCCAUCCAUCCCUCACUCACUCCAUCUCUCCAUCCACACCCUCCUCCCUUCUGACAACCCAGUUUAAGCCAGUGAGUGUGAAAUGAUUUAGCAUCGUACACAAUUAACAAAUACUUUGAAUAUUUGACCAUUACCCUAUAUUAACUACGUAUCAGGAAUCAUACUUGUCCCUUGUGUAAGCCUGUGUUCAUAAAUAACUAUUAAAAAAUAUGUUUAUAUUCUGAAACAUAACAGGAGUCGGUUG